AUUGUACGCCACGCAUUUUACUCUGACUCGGGGGAUCCGGCCUUGUCCCCCACCUCCGUCCCACUCCGAUCCCACCUCACCCCCGAUGGCGACCGCCGAGCCCGGCCCGAGCUCAACCGGAGCCCCGCGCAAGCCCACCUGCGUCGUCACCUUCGGCCGCUCCACCCUGCUCGGCCGCCACCUCGCCGCCGCGCUCGCCGCCUCCGGCCGCUGGUCCGCCGUCGCCGUCCUCGACCCUUCCCCCUCCUCGUCCCCGCCGCCGCCGCCCGCUCCGCCUGCCUCCCAACUCGUUUACCACCUAGCCGUCGACCUCUCCGAUCCUGCGGCGAUUGUCUCCGCCCUCACCGGCGCCGCGGCCGUUUUCCACGUGGACCCCACCUCCGCCGCCUCCAGCGACGGGUCCUUCCUCUCCCUCCACCGCGUCGCCGUCGAGGGCACGAGGCGUCUCCUCGCCGUCUGCCGCGUGCUCCGCGUGGGGAGGGUGGUGUACACCGGUUCGGCCGACGUCGUCGCCGCCGGCGCCCGGGAUGUGGUCAAUUCCGACGAGGACUCCACGCCCUACCCUGACAAGUUCGGGAACGCGGUGAGCGAGCUGCGGGCGCAGGUGGAGAUGAUGGUGCUGGCCGCGGACGGAGUGGACGGGAUGCGGACGUGCGUGCUGCGGCCGAGCAAUCUGUUCGGGCCUCGGGACUCGACCUUAGUGAGGUUCGUUGCUGGAUAUGCAAGGUCUUCCUUUGGCAAGUUUGUAAUAGGUAGUGGCAGGAACAUGUCUGACUUUACCUACGUGGAAAAUGUGGCCCAUGCCAAUAUUUGCGCUGAACAAGCUUUGUCUUCAAAUGCAGCUUCUGUUGCUGGAAAGACAUUUUUUGUUACCAAUGACGAACCUAUUGAAACAUGGGAGUUUAUGAAUUGCAUAAUGGAAGCCAUGGGUUGUCAGAGGCCCAGGAUUAAUCUUCCUGCCAAGAUGUUAUUGUUUGCAGCCUUGUUCUCCAAUAUGAUUCACCACAGGCUUGGUUUUCAAAUGUUGUCCACUCCACUUCUGCAUCCAGAUACAAUAUACUUCUUGUCAUGCACAAGAACUUUCAACACUUCAAAAGCUAGAAGAUUACUUGGGUACUACCCAAUUGUAUCAUUGGAGGAUGGCAUUAUGAGAACUGUUGGGUCAUUUUCGGAACUACCAGAUAAUUUCGGUUUGUCAAGGCAACAAGGCUCCUGUGGAUCAUCGAAAGCAGAUAGACUGCUAGGCAGUGGAACCGCUGCUGAUAUUCUUCUUUGGAGGGAUGAAAAGAGAACUUUUUCAUAUGUCACAGUAUUGUUUCUGCUGUUCUACUGGUUCCUGCUUUCAGAUAGAACUUUUAUUUCAUCAGCUGCCAAAAUUCUUCUAGUGAUCUCCUUUGCUCUUUUCAUCCAUGGUGUGCUGCCUCCACAAGUGUUUGGUUUUACAGUUGAGAAGGUUACUUCUGAUUAUUUUGAAGUAUCACACUCAGCGUUGAGGAAUUCACUUAUGUGCCUGGCUUCUGCAUGGAAUGGGGGCAUUCGUAAAUUGAGGGUACUAGCGGAAGGUGACGACUGGAGUAUCCUUUUAAAGGUACUUGCAUUUUUGUACAGUAUCAAACUAAUGCUGAACUUUCAAUUCAGAGUUCUGGUGGGUCUUGUACUGGCAUCCUUGUUCAUUGUCUUCAUUGUCUAUGAGCAAUGCGAGGAAGAAAUUGACAGUUUUUUCACUAUGGCUUCUGUCAAGAUCAAGUGGCUAGCAGACAGAGUUGUUGGAAAUUUGCCGGCUUCUUUAAAGGCGUAUAUAUCCUAGAGCGGACAUCCAUGACCAUGACUUUUUGAUGCCUCGUGGCUAGAACAUAUUUCGCAUACUUUUGAAGGAUGUGUCGCCAUUGUGUUUCUAUCUGUAAAAAUGUCUAGUUCUUUUAAGCUAACGUGUCCUGUACAAUUUACCCGAAUUUUAGUUUGUUCUUUCA